GCAUCAGCCAUCAGACAGAGUUGAGAGGAGAGUGGGAGAAACUGAGAGAGAGUAGGAGGAAUGAAAAUGAGAGUUUAUAUGCCAGUCAGCAUCACAACUGGAUGCACAGCAUUUCAUCAGCACAGACCUUUAUGUUAUGUAAAGCAAGGGGUGUCUGGAGAAAUUCUUAGCACUGGAAACCAACCAACAGUUCCCCAGUCAGUGUGAUGCCACAAGUCUCCUCAUCAUUUUACCCAUCACAGCUACUCAAAGAAAUAUUAUACCCUUGUGCUCUCAGCAGAACUAUAAUCGUCCGGCAAGUGCUGAUGCCCCUCAAAAUACCUUCACAGUGUUUUCUAAAACCAUCUCAAAUGGUCUCAUUCUUCCCCUCAUUCUAAGCAAAUUUUCACCAUAAAUAAUGUAAUGUUAUUGAAAUUUCUACACAAGUACUAAACAGUAGUUUUAAAACAGAGAAAGAGAAGGACAGCACAGCGUUUAUGUCAAACUGCACAAUCUUUGUUGUGCUCAUGGCAAAAAAUAAGAGUUCCUCAAUCUUAGAAAAAUGGGAUUCCGCACCAAUUGAACAGUCAUCUGAACCCAUUUUUAAAACCCCUUCUCCGUUUUGGAAUCAGGAUUUGAUAUUCAGAAGACCUAGACAAGUACGGGAAUCCACACCUGAUGUUGUCACAGGUGGAUUUAACUUUUAUUCUUACAGCUGUGAUCUAGGCUCUGUCACGACCCCAGACCUCUCUUGUGUUAUAGGAGGAAAUCCAAUCCACCCUUCACAGAGUCUGAACUCUCCUAGUAGGAGAUAUCUACCACCUUCAUCAAAAUUACUUGUCACUAACCCAAACAUGCUGCACAGUCUUGGAAGAAGUACUUCAUACUGGAAUUAUUCAACUCCAGAAGUAGGACAUGGACCUGUCAAAGGUUUCAGAAAGCUGGAAAAUCCACAAAUCGACCCAUUGUCAGCUUCAUAUUUUUAUAGAGGGGUUGUUAGGGAUACGCUAAGAAGCGAUAUUCCAACUCAGGAAGUCAAAUCAUGCAUGCAGAGAGAGAGACCGAGAUAUUCACACUGGUACCACGAACCGCAAAAUCAGAGAAUCUGCUCCAAAAGAGAUCAUGAGAGACAUUACGUGAAAAACAACCCACUUCUAGGUUCUUUAUUACAUACAGAUUCUAAUAGAGAAUAUUUUAAACACAAUAUGGAGUACAACCAUCACCAGCAGCUAGAUUUGAAUUACUCUACUCAUGCUGUGCCUGAAGAAUCAAAGCAGGAAAGUGAAAAGCUAAAGAGCGAGGAGCUCCCCCUGCUGGUCUGGAGAGAAGAAGCAGAAAAACACAAUCAACAAACGAACACUAGCACACACCCUAAAUCCUCCUCUUCUGCCCUGAGGGUUCUCCGUCGCUUUGCAGAAGGCUCUUUGGUGGAGCUUGAGGGCGGUCGACUGAAGCGGGUGGAGGAUUUAAAGAUGGAUGAUUUGGAGAGGUGUGCUCAAUUACAUCCUGAGCUGACGCUGAGGCGUUUCACUGUGUUGAAGAUGACACCUUCAAACACGCCAACGCUGUCAUGUUUACAUCUGGAGAUUGAGCACGACCAUUCACAGUUGUCUCUGGAGGUGAGUGAAGGGCUGCCUUUCUUCGUUUGUGGGCACGGCUGGUCUUCUUGUAACCCUCGACACACAAGUCAAACCUGCAGACUACAAUGCCGUCAACUAAAGGUGGGUGAUGUGUGCCUGGCACUAACGCAGAUGCCCACCUCUUCAUCUCAGCCUGCCAACCAGAGCCUAGCUGAAGUGGGUGGAGAUCACACAGUCCCAAAGUUUAAUGCCGAAACCAACCCCACACUGCAGAAAGAAACUAAAUCAAGAAAGAGACACUUCACAGCUCCUGAACUCAGGGAAAUUUCCAAGGUACGCCACACCGAAGACUGAGCAGCUAAAGGCUAAAUCAUUUACUGUGGAAUUAUAACAAAACAAAACAAACAAAAAAAUCUCAGACUUACAUUUAAAACAGUUUUUAAUUGUACAUAAGUCUUUGUACAUUGUAAAUACCAUCUUUUUAAAGCAAAUAUGUGUACAUAGUAACUGCAAUGUUACCAAAUCAAUUACCCUACCGUUCAAAGGUUUAGGGUCAGUGAGUUUAUUUUUUUAAUAAAUAUUUUUAAUGAUGAUAUUUUAUUAAAUUGGUAAAACAUGAGAUUACAUUAUUUUUAUGUUGUUAAAAAAAAAUUUUAAAUAUAGAACUUUCUUUUACACUUUAUAUUCAUCAAAGAAUUCUGCAAAACGUGUCAAGGUUUC